UUAUCCUACCGUGGCAGUGCUUGGGUACUGUCGUUUGUGUCUGUGUACUAAAUGUAAGAGAGUAUUGGUGUUUCGUUAAUGGCGAAAUGUGUAAUUUUUUUUUGUAGGAAUGUGCAGCGGUUUGUAAUUCCUGAAGUAAUUUAUUAGCGGGUUUUACUUUUUUUUCGUUGGUGUAAGCUCGAAAAGUACGUAUUCGUAAUAUUGUCGAUUAUGUGAAAGUGGUCUGUAGGUUUGGGAAUAGACUUGCCCCUCUAAGCCAACUGCAGCAACCCUAUAGCUGCAGUCAUUUCCCUCCAAAGUAAGUUGUUGGUGUUAUCAUGCCAUUGCUGCGUAGAAAGCCAUUUCUGAAGAAGAAACUUCCACACGAUCUGGAAGAUGACGAAGAAGUGUUCUACUGCGAGCUAACUAAUGAGAUAUUUAGGGAUUAUGAGGAAUUCUGUCAGCGUGUAAUCUUGUGCAAUUCUUUGGUAUGGUGCUGUUCUCUGACUGGUAAACCUCAACUAACAUAUCAAGAGGCAUUGCAGAGUGAAGAAAAUGCUCGCUUGUUAAUAAAAUCUUUCCCAAAAAAGUUGGUGGUACCAAUAUUGUACUUGGCAUCCCUCACCCAUAGAUCAUCUUUUGGUGAUCUUGCGGAAGAUGUUUUUGCUUUCACAAGAGAAAGGUUCUUCGUUGGUGAGACUGUUGAGGUUAACACCAAAGAAGAUACUUGGUGUGAGAGUCAUGUUCUGCGAGUUAUUCCUCCUACAGAGAAGGAAAUUGCCAAGCAUCUCUCCAGAAAUAGUGAAGUCUCAUGCAGAGAUUGUGAGAUGCCAUCAUUUCCACAUGCCUCGCUUUAUAGUUAUAAAGUCAAAAAGCUAGAUAAUUCAAAGGAAGAUGUUGUGUUAACUGUCAAGGCCAGUCAGUUAAGGCGGGCCAAGGGUGUGUACACCAGAGAGAAGAAUCGCAUGCUGUUGAAACACUUCUCAGAACAGAAGCAGAGAGUGUGGGUAAUUAAGGAAAAAAUUCUUCAGAAAUACAAGAUUUCAGAGAUAAGCUUUGGCCAUAUUUUUUGUGGAGAUAUGCCAGAAUUUGAAAUAUCUAAGAAGAUUGUGAAAAUGGCUGUCACUUCACCUAAAGCAGAAAGUAAAAGUCAGCCAAAAGUAAUGAAGGAAAAGAGACAAGAAACAAUUCACAAGUAUUUUAAAUCACCUGGAAAAGGAGAAACAGCACCAAAAAAGAGUUUAUCAUCAGAUGAAUCUAAGACUGCUGGCAAGGAGGUAAUGCCAGAAGCAAAAGGUGACAGAUCUUUAAAGAAGCAAGUAGGCUUACCUUCAGGGAAACAAGAUUCGAAGAAGAUAUUAUUGAGUAAGAAAGAUGUCUCUUCAAAGAAGAACUUGGAAGUUGGAAAAUAUGAAAAUUCUGGUAAAAAAGUGUCUCCACUUCAAGAAAAGCAAGAAAAAUCUCCAAAGAAAAGGUUUUCAUCAGGAACAAGGUUAAAUACACAGAAACCUUCGCCUACAAAGAAAACACCUAAGAAAUUCAAUCCAGAUUUUGGUGCUAAGUCAGCACAAAAGCAGCAGUUAGCAAAGAAAGUGAAAGACAAAUACAAGGAUGCAGGAAAUGUGAAGAAAAGAGAUGCAACAAAAAACCUUUUGGAGAAACAUAAGAUGAAUAAGACAACUCUUUUAAAGGAGAAAAUGAGCGAUAGGUUAACAGAAGUAGAGAGAAGAAAAAAGUUGAAGGAGGAGAGGAAAGAAAGGGCUCUUGAAGAGAAACGCAGGAAGGUAGAAGAAAAGUUGAAAGAGAGAGCGAAACUGAAAGAAGAGAAAUUACGAUUGGCAGAGUUCCUGAAACGAUGGAAUCGUCAACGGGAAGAUUUGGAAUGUGAAGACCUGAAGGAAUUACCAGUUCCAACAAAAGUUGAUUGUGCUAUUCCAAAUGAAUUCUUUGGGGAUUUUGUUAUGGUGUUGGAGUUUUUACACUCUUUUAGUGAUAUUUGGUCCUCCAAAAGUUUCUUUCCAACCGGUGUUACCUUUGAUAUUGUGGAAAGAGCGCUGUCUGUGAAUGAAUUGGCAGGUCCACUUAGUGACAUAAUUCAGUUCCUUCUGACAGCACUGUUUAGUAUGCAGGAGGAAGAAGAUGAUGAAAUAUUGGAAACAGAUAGUCAGACAUCAGUUAGUCUAGCUGAUGAAGUUGGUGACGUAACAUCGGAAGCCAUAAAAUAUGCAACAGCGGCAGCAAGUUGGUGUCAAUUGUACCAGGGUGUUCCUCUUAGUAAAGUGACACUAGACUCAGUUACACUGACUGAAGUUUUAAGGCUGCAUCUUCUGUCAUCUGGUGGUCGGUCUGGAGAAAUGAGUUCCAAAUGGAGAUAUCAGCAGCGAGGUGGUUAUACAAGUUUGGAUGAUCCAGGUUUGCUUCUUCGAAUUCAGCAGCCCCAUAUACUUAGAUCGCUUAGUGUUAUGAAUGUAUGCGAUCUACCUUUAGGAGAUAAGUUGCAGAUUGUGACCUGUCUUAUUAAUCAGAUCUUGACAUAUGCUACUGUGAGGGAUGUAAUUGAUGAAAGAGGGGACAAAGUUAAGCAACUGCGUGCUGAAAUAAGAGCACACCAAAUAGCAGAACUGAAGAAAGAAAGGGAGGCAGCUGCAUUGAGGUUGAAGGAACGGAAGGAGGCUAAACUGAAGCUUAAAGAAGAUGCUGCAACGGGAACAGCAUCAACAGGUACGUCUAUGACCGAUUUACCAAUAGAAGAGGAAGAAGAGGACAAAGAAGUUCGGCAGCAGAAGCUGGAUCGAGAAUCAUCUCGUCGGAAACAGGAAAUACAGAAGAAAUCUCGUGAAUUGUACCAAGCAGUAUUUGGACACCAGGUUUUGCCUAUAGGAACUGACCGUGCCCAUCGACGUUUCUGGGUGUUUUCUUCUCUUCCAGGGCUUUUUGUUGAGCAUGAUGAACACUGGGCAGGAUCAUGUUUGGCAGAACCUACACCGUAUAAUCCUACUUUAGCUCGUUCAGAUGAUACUCUGACAUACAUACAGAAGUUAUUUGAAGAAGAGUGGAAUGGAGGGAGUGGUAGUGACAAGGAGAAUGAAGCAGGUGAUGAAGCUCGUCCAGUGGCUGCUUCUAGUAGCAACAAAAAAUUAUUGGUUGAAAAGAACACAAGUAGUGAUUCUGGUGAUGUGUCUCAUAUGAACAGUAGUAGGGGAUUGAGUGAGAAAAUAGUAAGGACAGGUGGUGAGUUGAUUGAUGAUUGUGAUAAAGUGGCCAUGACAAAGCAACAGCCCUUAAUUUGCACAGCGGAUAUCAACACUUGUUCAGUACAUGGAAAAUCAGAUUCAGUUGACAGGAUCAGAUGGGCUUUCUUCAGUAAGGAAGAAGAUAUUAAUUGUUUAAUUGAAAGCCUUAACAGGCGUGGUAUCCGAGAAAGUGAACUGCGACAGGCUUUGAUACAGGAAAGAACUUACAUAGUGCAGAAGAUGGCAAACUGUCCAGUACACAAAUUGGAUCGAAGUCAAAUGCCGGGCACAUUUGUUCCUGAACCAAGGAAAUCUCGCUCACAAAAACAUGAGGAUGCUAACUUGAACUAUCCUCCAGGAACUCCUAUAGAUGAAAUCUUGGAACUGACAUUGAGAGAUUUCAUUUUAGAAAUGGAAGAGAAAAUACAAGUGGGUGGUCUGGGCUCUCUAAAGGUUUAUAGCCGGGAAGCAUGGCGGAGUGCCAUCCACGCAAGAAGUUACGACAAACAGUGUGACAAGCUUGUAUGGGGUUUAGAAAGUAAUUUCAAGAAAGAAGAGAAAAAUGAUGUGAAUUCUUUUGACAUUCCAGUGGAAGAGGAUAGCAAAGAGAGAAGCAGCAGUCCACACUCAACAGAUACAGAGAUUUGCUGCAGAGAUCCUGGUCGGCUUCUUCUGGAGGACACUGAACCGAACUACAAGCAGAAUCCAGUGCUUACUAACCUUGCAAGUGCCAUCCUUCAGAUUGCACAAAGUGUAGAGAGAAAAUACCUGAAAAAACCGCUUGGUGCAGAGGAUGGUUCCAGUGAUGUCACACUGAUGAGACGGUGGGAAGUGAGUUUAAUGGCUUCUACAAGUUUUUCACAAUUGUUUCUUCAUUUUACAACACUUGUUAACAGUAUUCAGUGGUCCAGAUCAGCUUCAAAUGCUCACUGUCGUCUGUGUAGACGACGUGGUGAUGCUGAGAACAUGCUGCUUUGUGAUGGAUGCAAUAAAGGACACCAUCUUUAUUGCCUUAAACCCAAGUUAAUAAGGGUUCCACAAGGAGAUUGGUUUUGCCCAAAAUGUCAGAGACCAGAAAAGGUUCGUGCAUCUAAAAAGACCAGACGUCUGUUUUCUCAAGAAUCAGACGAAGAUGAUGUGCAGAAGGAAAAGGCUCAAGAAACACAAAAUGAAGGGACUGAGGUGGAAGAGGUAUGCAAUUCAUGUGGCUUGGGUGGUCACUUGUUGUGCUGUGACACAUGCCCCCUUCUGUUUCACAUGGACUGUAUUGUGCCACCAUUGAAGAAGGUACCAAGAGGAAAGUGGUCUUGUCCUAAGUGCAAAAUGAUAAAAGAUGGAGGGGCUGACAUCACAAGGCAACUGACAAUUAAGCUGCGCCGCUGUAGUGCCGCUGCAGCUGUGGCUAAGAUCUCCGUGUUUGCCAAACGUCUGCGGAGUAAUUCCUGGGAUGAUACGAGUAGCGUGCAAAGUGACACUGAUCUACAGCCCACAAGACGAAGUGGACGUCGCUCUCUUGAAGUGGACUUGGAUCUUCCACUCAAUAAUGCUGUACUGCAAGAUCUGCUUACUGACAUCAUGCAUCAUAAGGACUCAUGGCCCUUCCUCCGCCCAGUUCCACGCGCACAGGUUCCUGAUUAUCAUCUAAUUAUAAAGAGGCCAAUGGACUUUGGGAAAAUGAAGUACAAAUUAAACAUGUUGGAGUACAGAAACAACAGUGAGUUCAUUGCUGAUGCUCUCCUGGUGUUCGAGAACUGUCAGAUGUAUAAUCAAGUGGAUGCUCAAGAAUAUAAAGCUGGUGUGCGGCUUGGUCGUUACUUUGAGAAGCGCUGCAGAGAACUUGGAUUACAGCUGAAAGAAGAAGAACUUCGACCACCCGAAGCUAAGAAAGCAAGGUUUAGUUGAAGUGGUCUGCAGUAACAAUGGAGUGCAAUGAUGUCUGGAGUAGCUGGGUUAUGUUUUGCAGUGAAGGAUGCUGAAGAGAUGUUCGGCCAUAAAAUGAUGUUCAUGUGUAGCAUAUGUGAACUCUAUGUAGGAAAGGAAUGUGGUUUAAUUGAGAAGUUACUUGCACCAUCAUGAAUGCAAACAAUUUGAGUUUGUAUUUGUUUAUGACUGAAGACAUUAGAUUCUUUCAGAUUCAGUGGGUAUCAGAUAUGUCACAGUAUUAACCCUUUGCCCAUUCUAUUUAAAACACUAAUGAAUGGUGCUAUCAAAUCAUUUUUGUGGUGGGGGGAUAUUUAAAUUUGAAUGACAUAUAUAUGGGAGAGCGCUGCUGUACACAAUCACAGUAUCUGAAAAACAUGAAAUUAUUUCACUGUGAAACAUAUAUGGCAUGUUACUAAGAUGCUAUUUUUUGUUGUUGUUUUUACAAUUUACUUUCUUCAGUUUUGCACUUCCCUUUUAGGCUUUCAUAUUAUAAGCCAUUUCUAAAUUAUGGUAACAUUCGAUGAGAGACGUAUGGGUCAUUUUCAUUUGUAGGCAUAUUAAUCAUUUACAAAGCCUACUUUACAUAAAUUCAAAAAUUAAUUUUUUCAUAUAUAUGUUAAAAACUAUUAAUAAAAAUUUGUUUUAUUUAAAAUGAAAGAUCUGUGAAUAAUGUUAAUCAACCAUUUUGAAUUUUACCCAUAUUGGACAACUGUAAAGCCUACUUCAUGUAAGGCAAUUAAUGGAUGUUUCCAUGUAGCCCGUAAACUGUUUUGCAGAUAUCAUAUCAUAAUUCCAUGUUGUGUAAUGUCAUGCUGUUGAAAUAUGACGUAUGCUCAUUCUGUGUAAUACAUUUUGUGUUUUGCUGAAGUGUCAUUUAUAAACCAAUCACAAAUAAGCUUAAUAAACUGAAAAGAAUGUUAGUGGGAAUUAUUUAUACUACAUUGUGGAGUACAUUCUUUCCAAUUUUAUUGGAUGAUAAAGUGAGGAAGCAGUUAACAUGGCAUAACAACAGACCAUAUUGUUUACAUGUGUAGGCUACAACUCCCACACCUCCAUGGGGUUUUCACUUUCUUUUCAUGCACUUGGCACAACUUUUUGGGGGCUGUGAAGUGUUUUGAAUGAUGUGUACCUCAUGGCUAACUUCACUUGUUUCUCUUCACUGUCUUAAAGUGAUGAAAAUUCCCCUCACCAACUUAUUAAGCUUAUACUGGAUUUGUGCGUUGUGACAUGAUAUGCAUGCAUUUUUGUUGACUUUGUCAUAGAAAGUAAAACUGUUCGCUAUUGCUACAUUCAGAAUAAAACAUAUUUCCACCACU